UGGGGCCGGUGGCGGGGCCGGGCGGGCCGGGCCGGGCGGGCAGGGCUGCACUGGGCUCCGCCGGGCUCCGCUUCUGCUCCGGCGAGUGGCUUUCCCGUCGCAAAAAUAGGUCUGCUUUCAGAAGAUGCAAUGCACUAGAUUUGGUGCUUGGAACAUGAUUAGUCAUGGCAUCAGAACUCUGUAAAACAAUUUCUGAGGCAAAGCUGGAAAGGCACAAGAAUUUGUUCUUAAAUUAUCGAAACCUCCAUCACUUUCCUUUGGAGUUGCUGAAAGAUGAGGGGCUUCAGUACUUGGAGAGACUUUAUAUGAAAAGAAACUCCCUGACCACAUUGCCAGAAAACCUUGCACAGAAGCUUCCAAACCUCGUGGAAUUGUACCUUCAUUCAAAUAACAUAGUUGUUGUACCUGAAGCCAUUGGCUCCCUCGUUAAACUGCAGUUUCUGGACCUAAGUGAUAAUGCCCUGGAAAUUGUGUGUCCAGAGAUUGGCCGCCUGAGAUCUUUACGUCACCUCCGUUUGGCCAACAACCAGCUGAGAUAUUUACCUGCAGAGGUUGGAGACCUGAGGGAGCUGCAGACACUGGACAUUUCAACCAAUCGUUUGAUCACGUUACCAGAAAGGCUGCACAUGUGCCUGUCCCUGCAGUACUUGACUGCAGACAGGAACCACCUGUGGCACGUGCCCCGUCACCUCUGCCAGCUGCCCAGCCUCAACGAGCUCUCCAUGGCUGGAAACCGCCUGGCAUUUUUGCCACUGGAUUUAGGUCGGUCUCGGGAGCUACAAUAUGUUUAUGUGGAUAACAAUAUUCAUCUGAAAGGUCUCCCAUCUUACCUGUAUAAUAAAGUCAUUGGUUGCAGUGGUUGUGGUUCUCCAAUUCAAGUUUCAGAGGUGAAACUGCUCUCUUUUUCAUCGGGCCAGUUAACAGUGUUCCUGCCAGCAGAGGUGAAAUCUAUAGGGACAGAAACAGAUCAUGUGCUGCCUUUGCAAGAACUGGCCAUGAGGACCCUCUAUAACACCUACUACAGGUUUUUAAAAGAUUUGAACUUUCUGACUCCAGUCUCGCUACCCAAAAGCCUCUUGGAAUUGCUGUACUGUCCCUUGGGUCACUGCCACCGCUGCAGCCAGCCCAUGUUUACCAUUGUCUACCCAAAGCUCUUUCCCUUGAGGGAAACUCCAAUGGCAGGAUUGCAUCAAGGGAGGACAACUGUUAGUUUUGUGGCAUACUGCUGCUCCACCCAGUGUCUGCAGACUUUUGACCUACUGAGUUGAUAAACAUUUAAAACUACUCAGGAGUGCUGCCAGUUUAGAGCUGCAUUAAACGUCGUAUCCCAUUGGUACUGGAAUUCUGUGUGUGCACGUGUGCCAAAGCAGCAGAAGUGCCCAGUCGGGAACACUAAGAGGCACUUAAAUCCUGCCCUAUCAAAUCUGGAUGAACUGCAGAACCUUUCGGAAGUGUAAAUACCAAGCUUUUAAAAGUAUUAACUUCUCUCUCUCCUCCAAGGCAGCAUACAAACCAAACAAAUUCACAGGCUCUGACUUAAGGGUUCCCAGUACUUUUCAAAUGUGGCUGUCUUCAGAUUGACCCACUGCAUCUUUUGAGGCAGUUUUCAUUCCUAACAGGGGAAAAAAGAAAAGGUCCAGUUAUGACAAACCGGUUUUCACUUAUUCCCCCUCAUCCUCAUCACUUGUACAGCUGGGAUCAGGUCUCUAGGUCUAGACCUACAGAAAACUUUGAAGGGCCAAGUGACUUGCCUAUGGAAUUCAGUUUAAUUUUCUGACUCUCAUAAUCUUGUUCUGUAGCAGAGUUAUCCCAGUUGGAUACCAGGUCUUUGACAGGUAACUGUGCUAUUUAAGUCCACAUAAGAAAAGUAGCUCUUUCUUUCUUGUAUCAUUAGAAGCCACACUGAUUUAAUUGGAGUGACUAGAAUAUGUCUGGAGUCUAAAGAUGCUGUUUCAGUAAGGAAGGCCAGUACUGAUGUCUGCACUGAGUGGUCUUGCUCCAGCGUGAUUGAGGGUGUUUUCUCUUGAUAUUCAUCUCUCAAGUUGUUUUAUAAAUACUUCCCCUCUUGCUUCUUUGAGUUCUUCAGGAAGAAGAUGACUUUAAGUACAAAUUUCACUUGAGAAAAACCUAGUAAAAUGACAGUAAUAAUUUAUAUUGAUUAUAUUUUUACAAUUGCAGACUGUAGAUCUGCAAAGAGGUGGUCCUCAUCUUUUUCUAGAUUCAGCAUUUGGCUGAUUUGUGGAAGUGUGUCAGUGGAGUGUGUUAACUUUGGAGAAGGCUGGAAAUCUGGAGGGAGGUAUGUGUAUCUCCAUGCAUAGCUAUAUAUGUCUACAGAGGUAUCUUCAUAGAAGGGCUGUAAUAUUUGGUUUUGUGUUUUAACAGCAGAUUUAACUCAAGUUUCCACUCACUAUCAUUUUUGUGGGAUUAUUUUUUGUUAGAUCUUGUUAAUUUUAAAUAAAGGACAAAGGAUGGAAGAAAGUCCGCUUGACUUAAUUUUAAUUUUAUGCUGAAACAGUUUAUACAAAAUUAACCCCCCUUGACUUGUUUUGGAAUAUAUAUAUUCUUAAUACAAUGUGGGUUUUUUUUCUUUCUUAAGUAUAAACUACUUGUUGAUUGAGCACAGUGUGCUGCUCUGUGUGCAGUAGGUGGUUACAAGCUGAAAUAGAUAUGAAUGAAACAGUUUGUUAUAAAAAUGGCAAGAUAAAGAGACUUAUUUGAUAGUCUUAUUAGCAUAUGUUGUGGUGAGGUGUGCAUACUUUGAAGGGAGGAGGCACUGAAAUGUUUUCCUUUUGCCAAAGAAGCAUUUGUUCCCACUGCAGGCUUCCUGGCAUCUCUUCAAUAAAUAGAGUGUCUUAAGAGCUUAAGAGAGUACCAAAAAGGCAGUUUUUGAGGGUAGAAUUUUUAGGUUGUACAUGUUACUUGUAAAAGCUUUGCUGGUUUCGUUGGGUUGGUUUUAGAGAGUUGAGUUAGCAUGAAGAAAUGUAGAACUUAAUCCUUCAGGAAUGCAAGUAUCAUCUACUGUUUAAGAACUGUGAAACUUUCUAAAAUAAAUCCCAUUUAUUAAUCUGCUUUGCAGUAGGGGAAAGAGCCAUAUCCGAGCAGACUUUGUACUGUUGGAUUUCUGACUCUCAUUUCACUAACUUGUUUCAAUGUGGGUAUCCCCAACAGGCCUUCCCAGCCAGCAGAGACUCCUGCUGAGGCAGAAAAAUGAAUCUUACUCUUUUUUCUUUUUCUUCAGUACAGUUGAGGUGUAAAUUGCCCAUCUGCAAUUACGUCUAUCAGAAAUGUGCAAGUAUAGAACAGAAUCCAUUUGUUUUCAAUGGAUAAGAGAACUAUGUUAGUGUUACAAGUAUUAAUUUUUGAUGCAAUACUGUGAUCAGGGAUUUUCAGUAUUAUUAUUUUUCCUGUGGCUUCCUCUGUCUUUGAAGAUGUUUUGUUGGCAGUUUGUGCUUUUUUAAUAGCAACUUACAGACUUUAAACCACAUUUUGCUUCUGAAUUCCAUCUGUAAAUACUAUUUUGGAGUUAAAUUAUUUGAUCAGCUAAAAGGCAUUGGUGUGUUUUUUUUUUAUUAGGAGUCAGAUAGUAAGAGUGGAGCUUGAUUUAUUUUAAAAAAUUAUUUAUUUUUUAAAUUUCCCUCAUAAUUUGAAUUAUUUUUAAUUGAGUUCCUAUCAGUUUCAUUAUUGUCUACAAGUGCAGUUAAGAAGAAAUUUAGUCUGUUUUAUAAGCAGAGUGAAUUGUAACUAAUACUUGGUAUUUCAAGAAUGGAAAGUACAAUGAAGUAAUGACUUAAACACACAAUUAAAGCUGAAAUGUCAUACCCUAUUUUUAUAAAAUAAGGAAGAGGAAAGCCACUAUAUAGACUGAAAAUGCAGCAUAAAUUCAUGUUUCUUUGAUUCUUUUUCUUUAUACAAGCAAUGUUUGUAUUCAUAUGUAUCUUUGGGUGAUACUGUUCUAGAUUAAAAUAACUCCAUUCUCACUUGUCCAAGUUUUUCUAAAGUUGUUCUACUCUGAGAGUAUUUCAUAAUCAGCCAACAGGAGAGCCAGCUAUGCAAGUUGCAGAGGGGCGAGGGAGCUUGUUGUUGAUGGAACCGUGCAUCACUUGUUUUUCAAUACAAGGUGUCACAAUAUUUGGACUUCUCUUUAAUGCAUUUAUUUCUAGGUAAUUUUUGAUUGCUCACUCUUGUUUGUCAGGUUAGUUCACAGUGAGAUACAUUUUUUCCUUGUACUGCAGAAAAUCUGGUCCCAGCAGUUGAAAAAAAAGAACAUUUUUAAAGCAUUUUUUGUCAUAAAAAUAGAUCUUAACUCUUUGCUUAGGGUGGGAGCAUGAGAAGUUUCUGUUUGUUGGUUGGUUAUUUUUCUUCUAGGCAUUGAGAGAAAGGUGCAGGGGAGGAAGGAGAGAAAAUAAGUCUUUAACCCUUUGAUAUUGCUAUAAAAUUUUUGGAGGAAAGGUUAAUUUCUAAGGCGAUUAGGGAGCACAGGCAUAACUAUUAUUUAUGUUGUGAUAACAGGCACCAUGUUAAUAAAAUUUGGACCCUACUGAUAAUGGAGAUUAAUCUUUGUUCUGCCACAAAGGAAACAGGAAUCUCUGGCUUUGUUUAAAAAUGCUACUUGAGCAGUUUUACUCUGGACAAUGUUAUGUACUGUUCUUGGGAACCUUCCUGUUACUCCCCUGGAGGAUCAGAAAUACAAAUGUCCUUCCCUGUGCAAAGAAUGAGGUGUAAUACCAAUAUCAUUCUGUUUUGGCCUGAUGCUUCUCUUGGGCUCUUCCUGAAGUUCAUUACAAACCUUUUCUUUACUUGGUUGCAGCGAGGUUCAGAUCUUACACUGAGCAGAGCUGUUUAUUGCCAAGUUGGCUUUAGUUCCUAUAUAUCGAAUUCUGCUGAAUCCCUUUUUCUGGCACGAAGGGAGGACAAGCCUGUUGUAACACCCGUGUGGUAACAGCGUGUCAGGUUUUACUGACAUCACAGCCAAGCUGGAGACUGGAGAGUGACAAACCUUUCACUAGAGAGGAUGACUUUUUUUUUUUCUGAAGGCCACUUGCGGCCCCAUCACAUUACCACUGAUAACAGAAGAACUUUCAUCUUGAUGUCAGUGAAGGAUGGAUCAAGUUUUAAUUGAUGAGAGAGAAGAAUGUGUUUUACCAUCUUUAUAUUUCUUGCAAAAAGGACAAUGACACUGAAGUCCAUGCCUGCUGCUAGGCAGCUUCUCUGUCAGCAGCUGAAUUUAGGUAAUUCCUAGACCUAACUGUCUUUACCUCUUACCUCCCUCUUAAUACUACUCAUGUUGUUGCAAAAUGUUAUAGUUAACUUGUGAUGGAAGAGGUCGAGUAAAUUGAAUCCAGAGUUUUUAUUACUUUUUGUAUUACAGACCUAUUUUGUAAGAGACCAAGGGUCUGCUGGAAAGAAAUGGCAAGGUUCUUGUGAAGUCUUCAUUGCUUUUGCUUUUAUGUGCCCUUCUUUGGUUACAACUUGAACUUGGAUUGCAACUGAGUUCAUUCUUUGUCUGUUGAAAGCACAUAUGUAUUGCUUUUUUUUGCUCUGUAUUAAUCAAAUGUCAUAUCAUGUGAAGAUGAGCUUGCUAGAUGUUUUAUUUAAAGUUAGUGGUGCAGUUUAUUGUAUGUGCUUGUCAAUAAACUAUAUUUUUGUAUAGAA